GACGGUGAGGCUCGGGGCUCAGGUUGCAAGGCUGGGUGGCCAGCCGCUAGUUACCCGGCCCUCAGUGACAACUCCAGACGCACCCCGCAAAUGCCCGAAAGUCUGCCCUAGUGCUUCCUGGGCUUACUCUGCUGUUGCUUGGGAGCCAUGGAGGAACCAGAUCUGUAAACUUUUAAUACUUACCGUACGGGGCGAUCAGGAAGGUCACUUAUAGCACGAGCAGAGCCUACAGUGAGCUGAUAAACAAAGCUACCUACGUGCGUGUAACUUGCUUGUGUAUAAGAGAAUGCUGACCUAGACGCGCAUUUCAUUUCGAUUUGUAAAAGCGUCAGUAAUAACUGAUGAUCGUUGAGUUCCUUCUGUGAAGAGAAUUAAAUCCUCAUUUGGGUAAAACCCCAUAAGUCUCUCUAUAAAGUAAUUUAAUUUUGAGUAAAUGGACGUCUUGCCAUAAAUGCUUGGGGGUAGCUAGCAGUUGGCCUUUACUGCACGGAGCAAGUAGUAUUAGUUGCGUAAGAUUUAAAUACGUAAGAUUUAGUGCUAACGUUUUCUGAAUGUUCUCCAAAAUAGUUUCAAGAACUAAGUGUGACUAAGGUUAUAGGUGGAAAUUUUGCCAAGUGAAAUUCUGCUAUUUUUGUAAAACCCAGGAAAUAAGUUCAUUUAGAUAGCGAAGGAUUUUUUGUAUAGAUAUUCACUUCUAAAACAGACUUCUUUCUAAGUUUUCCCUCUAACCUAGUGGUUCUCAACUUUCCUAAUGCUGCACGACCCUUUAAUACAGGUCCUCACGUUGUGGUGACCCCCAACCAUAAAAUUACUUUGGUGCUAAUUCAUAAUUGUAAUUUUGCUACUGUUGAGAACCACUACUCUAAGCUCAGAAAGUUUGGUUUACUGUGAUUUCAUGAUCAUUUUGUGUGAAAAUAUCUUUUAAUUUCCAUUGUGAUGUCUUUUGACUACUAAUUAUUAAUUUCUACAAAUUAGAAUUUCAAGUUCCCUUAUUGGUGUUGAUUUCUAAUUUAAUUGUACUGUGUGCUGGCUGGUUUUAUGUCAAGUUGACACAAGCUUGAGUCAUCUGAAAGGAGGGAACCUCAGCUGAAAAAAUGCCUCCAUAAGAUCUGGCUGUAGGGCAUUUUCUUAAUUAGUGAUUGACCAGGAAGGGCCCAGCCCAUUUUGGGUGGGGUCAUCCCUGGGCUGGGGGUCCUGGGUUCUAUAAGAAAGCAGGCUGAGUAAGCUAGGAGGAGCAAGCCAGUAAGCAGCACCCCUCCAUGGCCACUGCAUCAGCUCCUGUUCCAGGUUCCAAUUCUGCUUAAGUUCCUGUUCUGACUUCCUUCAGUGAUGGAAUAUGAUGUGGAAGUCAUUGGCUCUCAUUCUCCAGCAUCCUUAGAAGACGCAGUGCUCUUCAGAGACAGUUCUGUCCUGGAAGCCCCUCACCUAAAAGGCCCCGUGAAGUCAGACAAUGCCUGUUGACUUGGGGCAGGCCCUGGGCCUGCUGCCUUCUCUGGCCAAGGCCAAAGCGGAAGACACCACAUUCUCUGGAUCAGAUGCUCUCCAGCCAAGAGAGCUCACCAACUCUGAGACUGCUCGCCAGCUUUUCAGGCAGUUUCGCUACCAAGUGAUGUCCGGGCCCCAGGAGACCCUGAGACAACUUCGGAAGCUCUGUUUCCAGUGGCUGCGGCCAGAGGUUCACACCAAAGAGCAGAUCCUGGAGAUCCUCAUGCUGGAACAGUUUCUGACCAUUCUUCCUGGGGAGAUCCAGAUGUGGGUGAGGGAACAGUGUCCAGGCAGUGGAGAAGAGGCAGUGACCCUCGUGGAAAGCUUGAAGGGAGAUCCUCGGAGACUAUGGCAGUGGAUUGGCAUCCAAGUUCUAGGACAAGAGAUCUCGUCCGAGAAGGCAAACUCAGCACACUGCCAAGGCAGUGAGCUAGAUCCCAGACUGGAAGUGGUGCCUCCGGACCUGCCCCUUCAGAAUUCACCCUCAGCUCCUGCAGAGCUGCUGAGCCAUGGUGUGAAGGAGGAAUCAGACAUGGAGCCAGAGUUAGCUCUGGCUGCUUCCCAACUUCCAGCCAGACCAGAGGAGAGGCCUGUCAGAGACCAGGACAUGGGAACAGCAUUUCUCCCAGCAGUACAUCAGGAGCAGUGGAGAAACCUGGAUACCACUCAGAAAGAACAGUACUGGGAUUUCAUGCUGGAGACCUAUGGGAAAAUGGUCUCAGGAGCAGGUAUUUCCAACUCCAAACCUGAGCUGACUAACGUAGCAGAAUAUGGGGAAGAGCUUGCAGGGCUGCACCUUCAUGUCAGUGAGAAGAUACCAAGACUCACCUGCAAAGAAGACAGACAAGAAAAUGACAAAGAGAACCUAAACUUGGAAAAUCACAGGGACCAGGGGGCUCUGGAUGUUUUCUGUCAGGCAUCAGGUGAGGCACCGCCACAGACUGCCUUGGAUUUCCUCGGUGAGAGUGAGCUGCAUCGCUUUGGAGCAGAGAAUGUCCCUGAGGCUCUGGAAAGCCUGCCUGGUGAGGGAACAGGGGGGCAGCUCUUUCCUCCUGAAAGGGACGCUGGGAAACAGCUAGGUCAGCACAUACAGAGCUCUUCUUCGGGAGAGCUGUCUGCCUUGUGGCUGGAGGAGAAGAGAGAGGCCUCUCAGAAGGGCCAGGCCAGAGCUCCCAUGGCCCAGAAACUGCCCACUUGCAGAGACUGUGGGAAAACUUUCUAUAGGAAUUCACAGCUUGUUUUUCACCAAAGGACUCAUACCGGAGAGACAUACUUUCAUUGCCCCAUUUGCAAAAAAGCCUUUCUGCGCAGCUCAGACUUUGUGAAACAUCAGAGAACUCACACGGGAGAGAAGCCCUGCAAAUGUGACCACUGUGGGAAAGGCUUCAGUGACUUGUCAGGCUUGCGCUACCACGAGAAAAUCCACACAGGAGAGAAACCCUUCAAAUGCCCCAUCUGUGAGAAAAGGUUUAUUCAGAGGUCAAACUUCAAUAGACAUCAAAGGGUUCACACAGGUGAGAAACCUUAUAAAUGUACCCAUUGCGGCAAGCGUUUCAGCUGGAGCUCCAGCCUUGACAAGCAUCAGAAAUCACACUUGGGGAAGAAGCCAUGCCCAUAGCCACACCCCCACCCAGCCUGCCCGUCCAUUACAGCCCUGCUCAGCUCUGCCUGGAGGGACUGCGACCAGGAAGGACCUCUCCUCCUCUCUGCAGGUUGGAGGGAGAGGAGCUGAGCACUGUUUUGACAUGGAUGGGAUGUUGUUCUGAGUGUGAUUUAUUGGUUUAGUUUUUCCUUUUGCACCAGGAAAAGAAACCAGUCUUUCUUUUUCAGCUGUCUCUUCUUACUUUUGACCCCUUAGACAUGUCAUGUAGAUAAUGCCUUUAGUAGCUCUUUCUGACAAGGGCCUAACUGGUAUGGCCAUGACUGCUGCUGGCAGUGAGAGCCUGGGAUCAGCUUUAGAACUGUGGUUCUAGAGCAGGCUGGCUGUUGCAGAAGGGGAGGUAGGGAGGCCUGAGUGCAUGCUGUCUUUGUCAGACAGGUGACAAAGUUCUUGUUUAACUGUCCUUAUUUGAAAUAAACUGAGCUGAGUUGGGCUCUAUCUUCCUUGUA